GCCCGGUAUCCGGGUAAGAUGGCCGCAGUCGGGGAGUGCUCGCUGCCCGCGCCGUGGCGGCCGGUCUCCCUCACUCACGUCGAGUAUCCCGCAGGUGAUUUCUCUGGCCAGCUUUUAGCUUAUUUGAGUCUUGGUCCAAUAUUCAUUAUUGUUGGCUUUGUAACACUCAUCAUAUUCAAGAGAGAGCUUCACACGAUCUCUUUCUUGGGAGGGCUGGUGUUCAACGAGGCAGUGAACUGGUUAAUAAAAAAUGUAAUCCGGGAGCCUCGGCCGUGCGAAGAAGCCCAUUCUACAGUGACCACAAAAUAUGGGAUGCCGUCCAGCCACUCCCAAUUCAUGUGGUUUUUCUCUGUCUAUUCUUUUCUGUUCCUUUAUUUAAGAAUGCACCAAACAAACAACGCGAGGUUUCUGGAUUUGCUCUGGCGACACGUGCUGUCCAUCUGCCUCGUCACAGUGGCUUUGCUAGUCUCAUAUAGUAGGGUUUAUUUGCUUUACCACACCUGGAGCCAAGUCCUAUAUGGAGGUGUGGCAGGAAGCAUCAUGGCCAUAGCCUGGUUUGCCUUCACACAGGAGAUCCUGACUCCCCUCUUCCCAAGGAUAGCUGCGUGGCCAAUUUCAGAGUUCUUUUUAAUCAGAGAUACCAGCCUCAUUCCUAACAUCCUGUGGUUUGAAUACACAGUCACAAGAGCAGAAGCAAGGAACAGACAGCGCAAGCUGGGUACGAAGCUGCAGUGACCGGGACCAGGGCGCUGUAAUGGACAGACAAGAGCAGAGACCUGGGAGCAGCAAGGAGCCUUUUUACAGACGGACCAAAGGAACAGGCAGGGACCAUACCCAAAACCUGAAAGCCUUUGCUCUGCUUUAGCAGCUAAGCUGGAUGCUCCCUGAUGCAUGUGGGACCGUGCAGGAGUAGAAACUCAUUUUGAACACAGAUGCACAUGGUUGGAUGUACCAUCGUGUCUACGUCAGGGGAGGGGGGAGAAAAUGCCUGGUGUCGUGUUCGGGGGAGGGAAAACCAAAAAUGAAUCCUUUCUGUGACUUUUUUUUUUCAGCAUGAAAUAUACACACUAUUUAUUUAUUUUUUUAAAUGGAACUAUUGUUUAUGGGGUGGGUGAGGUGUUGAUUGUGUGUUUUGCUUUUUUUUUUUUUACUUUUUCUUUUUGGAAGAAGAUGACAAAACUAUAAUCUCAAGUUGGUCAUGUUUAAUUAGGGCUUCUAAUUCUUACAUGGUUCUUAGGAGGGAGGGGAUCUAGGAGGGGUGACCAAGACAGAAGGAAGAGGAAGACUUUCCUUUCUGCAGUCAGUUUGGGAGAUCAAAAUCAAUUCCAACUGUACUUUGUACAGACAAAAAGACAGACUAUAAAGAUCUGAUUUUUAACACUAGUGACAGUUCUGCAGGGAAUCCUGCACGGAUACCAGUUAAGAGGAGUGUGUGUGUAAAACAAAGGAAAAACACAAAUAUACUGACUCUUAUUUUUUUUCCACUGCUGCUCCUGUUGUGUAAUUAGCAAGAGUGUCCUUUUCAGAAUCUCUUCCAGGUGGCAAGAUUAUCAUACAUAUCUCACAUUUAUUCCAUCUCUUCCUUUAUACUUUUAUUAUCUCAGGGUUGCUGUGAUCAGUACAGCUUUUGUUGUACUGAGUGUGCCGAGGGCACUGGGAAGCCCAUUGGUUAUAAGCAGUGCUGUGCUCCAGUGAGAGUCAGCCCAAAGCCUUACAAAAUUCAGUUGCUGGUCUCUGUCUUAAGCACUGGAUUUUUUUUUUUUUCUGUUAAAGCUUAAGGGAGGGAUUUUUAUGAAUGAACAUAGUGACAACCACAAAAGAACAAGGCAAAUGACUAAUAACUAGCUCAGCUGCUCUCUGAAUUAUUCCUUGAAGAGCCCUAUUAGACUCCAUCCAUGAACUCCAAGUAGGGAAUUUAUCCUAGCAGAGGCUCCAUCACAGUGGCUUGGUUGGGGUUCUGCAGCUGUAACCUUGAAUGCUGAACUCCUACCAGCAAGUUUUGCUCUCCAUCCUUCUUCCAUGGCGUUGUGGCGCUCUGGGGGCUGUGUCUCUGUGGGAGUGUGCCUGCCAUCUCUGUGUGCUGGUGAUGCCUACGACCUCUGUGAGCCAUCAGUGACCUGCCAAGGGCUAUUCUCACAGUGCUUCAAGGCUGUGCAUGGACACUUUCUGUAUUUCUAGUAUAUAAUGCAGCAGUUCAAGUGUAACUACAGAGAAGUAUUUAUUCAAAGCACAAUUGACUUGAA